AUGACGCUCUUGAGGCUUUUUCGUGAUUGUACCAAACAAGAUUAUGGCCAAGGAUAUGUAUCGGAUCCCAUCAGGCCACUAAGAUCCAAGAAUUUCACUUAUGGUGCUACAGUUAAUGGUGUAUAUAACCAUGUAAACUACAGCCCUCAAACUGGCUCCUAUGGCUCUGGUCCAGUGACUAGUGUAUAUAACAUUGGUUCUGAAUCUGAUGUUAGAAGGCAAAAUCCAGGCUCCCUGAUAUCUUCAGGUGGCAGUUUUGUUUCUGGUUCUCUAGCCACUGCAUUGAGUACAAGUGUGAGAAGUAAGACCGUACCCAAGCCAGCACAGCUUAACUAUCAAACUGUAGUGCAGACUAGUAAGGAGUCUGUGGCCUUUAAUAGCCAGCAACCAGUGCAGACUGGCUCCCAGUCCAGUGGUCAACAGUUGGCUAAUGCCCAAUCCUUUGUCAAGCCCCAGGGAAGUAGACUUCAAGUUGGUUCUGAACUAUUUUCUGGUGACAGGCCCAUCCUGAGUUCAAGUCUUGGCCAGCAGUCAGCACAAGCCAGCUACCAGUCCAUGCAACUGCCCAGUAGACAAAAACCAGGACUGACCCGAUACCAGCCUGUCUCUCAACCCAGUGGCCUGCAGUCAGCACAAACCAGCUACCAGUCUGUGCCCCUACCUAGUGGCGUGCAGUCAGCACAAACCAGCUACCAGUCUGUGCCCCAACCUAGUGGCCUGCAGUCAGCACAAGCCAGCUAUCAGUCUAUGCAACAGCCUAGUGGCCAAAAACCAGGACUGACCCGAUACCAGCCUGUCUCUCAGCCCAGUGGCCUGCAGUCGGCACAAGCCAGCUACCAGUCUUUGUCCCCACCUAGUGGCCUGCAGUCAGCACAAGCCAGCUACCAGUCUAUGCAACCACCUAGUGGCCAAAAACCAGGACUGACCCGAUACCAGCCUGUCUCCCAACCCAGUGUCCUGCAGUCCGCUCAAGCCAGCUACCAGUCUAUGCAACAGCCUAGUGGCCAAAAACCAGGAUUGACCCGAUACCAGCCUGUUUCUCAACCCAGUGGCCUGCAGUCAGCACAAACCAGGUACCAGGCUCUGUCCCAUCUCGGUCGACUGCAGUCAGCACAAACCAGCUACCAGUCUGUUCCCCAACCUAGUGGCCUGCAGUCAGCUGAAACCAGCUACCAAUCAGCCCAAACACGUUACCAGUUUGUGCCCCGGCCUGAUGGCCAAAAACCAGGACCGAUCCAAUACCAGCCUAUAUCUCAGCCUAGUGUGUUGCAGUCGGCACAAGCUAGCUACCAGUCUGUGCCACAAACUAGUGGCCUGCAGUCCACACAAACCAGCUACCAGUCUACGAAACAGCCUAGUGGCCAAAAACCAGGACUGACCCGAUACCAGUCUGUCUCGCAACCCAGUGGCCUGCAGUCAGCAAAAACCAGCUACCAGUCAGCACAAGCUCACUACCAGUCUGUGUCCCAGCCCAGUGGCCAAUCUGUGUCUCUUCAGCCUGGAUUCCAGCUCCCUUCUAUGCUAGAGCAGUCAAGUUAUGGGUCUCUUUCCAGUUUUGGUUCCCAACCCCUAGAGCAACCCAGUAAUGUACAACUUGCUUCAAGCUAUGAGUCUGUGUUGCAGCCUGACCCUCAGGAUACAGCACCACUGCGCUCCCAGACUACUCAAAAUGAACGCUUCUCACCAGGCAUGUUGAGGCUGUUGCAGCAAGUGAAGUCAUAGGAGUCAUGAUGUUUGUUUUGUUU